AUGGCUACAUAUGCAUAUAAAGCCAACCCUAAUGGGCACUGCCGUCUGUGUACGGACAAAGACAAGAAAGAGGACAUGGUCGCAUGCGAUGAAUGCGAUCGGUGGUUCCACAUUUCAUGUGUGGGACUCACAUACCUACCCAAGAAAGAUGAAAGGUGGGUAUGCCCUAAGUGCAUGAGCACAGAAAGGGAAAUGAUGGAACUGAAAGUCAAAGUCAGACAAUCAGUUUCCGGAGACAGCUUGCAAGAAAUUUUGCAAGAGAACAGAGCAGCAAUGGAGGCUCUGGUAAAGUCCAUGAGGACAAUGAGAUUCGAAGCUGAACCAGGUACAAGUUCAGCACACAAUAAUGACAGCAUCGAAGGUCAAAAUCAGGAGGCAGAGCCAGAAUGGACUGUCUACCUAAAGCGACAAGCACUCAUGAGCUUGCCAAAAUAUGGAGGUGCGGCCAGAGAAUGGCCGAAAUUUAAAAAGGCCUUUGAUGAGACCACAAAACAAGGUCAAUUUAACAGGCUUGAAAAUUUGAAUCGCCUGCAAACAGUGCUGUACGGGAACGCAGAGAGGAGCGUCCGACAGUUAAUGAUGGAUCCAAAUAAUAUGGACCAAAUAAUUGAUAGACUAGAAGAUAAUUUCGGAAGACCCGAACUAGUCUAUAAAGAACUACUAGCCGAACUCACCAAUAUCAAAAGGGAGAGUCGGAAUUUGAUUACCGAGAUAUCCGAAGCACUGGAUAAUCUCGUCUGUAAUGUUUCUCUUAUGGAUAGAGAAGAAUUCCUGAUUGACCACCGAUUGGUGGAAGAGAUCAUAAGGAAAAUGCCCUACGGUCUACAGGUGAAGUGGACUGAAGAAAUGUACGACGGGGCAAAGACUUUAGCUGAUCUCAAUGAGUGGCUGAAGCCUCAUUCGAGAACCAAUAGACUGCUGAAUGGCACCAGCAGGCCGCAGCCGCGAGAAACAAGCAGACCGCAGCCGCGAGAAAUUAACAGAUCGCAGCCGCGAGACACGAGGCCUGAGCGUCGAUUUAACGUAAAUACGCAUCAGGAAAAUAGAUCGACAAUAAUAAAACGCAAUUGUGAAGCAUGUCGGGGAAACCACAAACUCCUCGAAUGCACCAGAUUUAAGGCUAUGAAGCCUGAAAAGCGAAAUGAAUUAGCCUUUAAGGCAAAGGUAUGCUUGAGCUGUCUCGCAUUUACAAACCAUAUGAUGCGAGACUGCAAAAGAGCAAAACAAUGUGGAAUUAAUGGAUGUAAGUUCAAACAUCAUCCAUUAAUUCAUAAAUCUCAUGAGAGAGAAUCAAGUGAUUCAAAUCAGUCGGAAGGACAGCAUAGUCCAGAUACACAAGCAGAUGGUGAGAUACACAAUCACCAACAACUAACAAAAUCCAACGUAUUCUACCAAAUAGUUCCUGUGACGUUGAAAAAUAAUGACAAAAUCAUCAACACGUUCGCUUUCUUGGAUGCGGGGUCAUCACUCUCUCUAAUAGACGAGGAGAUUGCGAACAAGUUAGGGCUCAACGGAAGAAUUGAUCCGUUAAUGCUAAAGUGGACGCAGAACGUCACGAGAAACGAACAAAACAGCCGUAGAGUUCAGGUACGAAUCAACGGCAACAAUGAAAAAGAAUACGUCAUGAAAGGAGUGAGAACGAUAAAGAAUCUCCAACUCCCAGAGCAAAGCUUCAACAAGGAGGUGAUGGAGAAAAGGUAUCCAUACCUCAAGAAUCUGCCGUUGAGCAGUUACAGCAGUAUACGCCCGACGAUAUUAAUUGGACUGAGUCACAGUCACUUGUUAAUUCCAUUCGAAAGGCGAAUGAGAAAACCGAACGAGCCCACAGCGCUACGAACCAAACUUGGAUGGUUCAUGUUCGGCAACAUAUCGUCCAAUGUGCAAGGCGGACACAUCAUGGUCAUUCAGCAAGAAGAUGAAAUGAACAAGGCUUUGCAGAAAUAUUUCUCCACCGAAGACUUCGGCGUUAAGGUAGUCAAGAAUCUACCAAAAUCAGCUGAAGAAGAAAAGGCUGAACAAAUUCUAAGAAGUACUAUGAAAUACAAGGAUGGUAGAUACGAAGUUGGACUUCUAUGGAAAGAUGAGGAAACGAAAUUUCCAAAUAGCUACAACAAUGCAGCAAAGAGGCUGACAACGAGUGAGAGAACGUUAAAAAAAGACCCAGAGUUGAAAAAAUGGGCAAUAGAAACAUUUGCGGAUUACGAGAAGAAAGGCUACAUCCGCAAACUGUCAGAGGAAGAAAUUAUGAAGCCGAUAUCAAGAGUGUAUUAUCUUCCACACUUUAUUGUGCACAACAAAAAUAAGUUGCCACCUAAACCAAGGUUGGUUUUCGAUGCGGCGGCAAAGACACAAGGUGUAUCGUUCAACACGGAACUGUUAUCAGGGCCGGAUGCUACUACGUCAUUGUUCGGUGUUUUAGUAAGAUUCCGAGAAGGAGCAAUUGCUGUAUGUGGAGACAUCAAAGAGAUGUUCCACCAAGUACGAAUCCGAGCUGAAGAUCAACACGCUCAGAGAUUCUUAUGGAGAGAUUGUGAUAGCAGUAAGAAACCUGAUGUAUACGUAAUGCAGGUGAUGACAUUCGGAUCAACCUGUUCACCGUCAUGUGCACAAGCGGUUAAAAACCACAACGCAGAAAAAUUCAGAAAAUAUUGUCCAGUGGCGACUGAAGCAAUCAUCAAGCAACACUACGUCGACGAUUAUUUGGAUAGUUUCGAAGAGCUUGAUAAGGCAGCAGAGAUAGUACUACAUGUUAUGAAAAUUCACGAUCACGCGGGUUUCCACAUCAGAAACUUUGUGUCAAACAGCAGAGAACUUCUGCAAAGUUUACCCUCGGAACGUGUACAAAUUUCCGGAAUCAAAAUGUUCGAAGAAAAGGAUUCAAUGACAGAAAAGGUACUUGGUGUAUAUUGGAACACCACGUCUGACACACUCGGCUAUCAAAUCAAAUUAGACAAGCUAGGAAGUGAUGUUACACAAAUGCUACGUUUACCAACAAAGAGAGAGGUACUAGCUUUCGUGAUGAGUGUCUACGAUCCACUUGGACUCAUCUCAAAUAUAACUGUGCAUGGAAGAAUCCUCAUGCAAAGGCUGCACAUAGAAAAUAUAGAUUGGGAUGACGAAAUUCCCGAGAAGUUGCAGUCAGACUGGCAACACUGGUUAGAAAUUAUUGAAUCUGCUGAUAGCGUAACGAUACCAAGAUACAUCCUCGAAGAAAGAGCAGGAGAGUAUGCCCCACCGUAUGCACCAACGACCAGUCAGUAUGACACAGCGCAAUGGAGACGCAUUCAACAUUAUUCCAAGUUGUUUUGGAACCGAUGGAAGAAGGAGUACUUACCAACUCUGUUAAAGCGUAAUAAAAAUACGCAGAAAGUAGAACCGAUCAAAGUCAACGACAUCGUCUUAAUCACGGACGACGACGCACCACCAGGAAAAUGGCUUAAAGGACGAGUCAUCGAAACGUUUGUGGCGAGCGACGGGCAAGUUCGCCAAGCAAAGAUCCAAACCGCGAAAGGUGUCCUGAAACGACCGGCAGUUAAAAUUGCAGUACUGGACAUUAUCAAGGGAAAUGAUCCAGCCAUCAACUAA